CCUCUCUUGGCUGACCUGCCCCGUGCCAUCUUUAACGCCUUCGCAACCAGGCCAUCUAUUUCUUGUCAACCUCAUGCAUCGUGCCAAUGACGCACCACCACCACCACCACCCUGACAAUAACACCAGAGCAUAGCUUUGUUCCUGCUCUGUUCUCGAAACUCCCUCAUCCCGCCCGAUCGGCCUCGCGCUCCCUGUCAUUCUCUUUGCUACGCUCGAGCCUGUUCACCGCUUGUCUCCAGGCAUCCUGUGCACUUUGCUCCGCCUAUGGCCCAACCGCUUCUCGCAUAUUCAUUCCUUUACUCCACGGCCAUAAUGAAAACUGAGGGACCAGAUUCUCACUUUCCUCCCUCUAUCCCACGUGGUGAUGGCCCGUCCUACAAACCUGAUCCCGAUGCUGGCCCUACCCACACUCCCCAUCCAUAUCAACAGGACCAGGACUCUCGGUACGCCCCGCCCCAUUCUCAACGUCCAUAUCCGUACCGUCCAUCGCCUCCCAUUUCACAUACUACUUCUCAUUCUGGCCAAACAACGCCGCAACAACAAUCAUUCGCUCCUCCGCCCGCUUCUCAAUAUCCUUCUGAUCCCAGGGCUCUUCCUCACCCUCCUCUUCAACAGGAUCAACAACAACUUCAUCACCAUCACCAUCAACAGCAACAGCAACAGCAACAGCAACAGCAACAGCAACAGCAACAGCAACAGCAACAGCAACAGCAACAGCAACAGCAACCACUUGGUCAUGUAACUCCCAUAGCUCCAUCUCAAGCUUCAUACGGGCAUUCACAGCAUCCCAACCCUCACCUUACCCUUUCCCAUACACCUGCCAUAUCUCGCUCUCCAGAAGGAGACCAUCAUCAUCACCAUCACCCACCACGAGAACACAGACCUCAUCUAUCAGGCCCUCCUCUUUCAGUUCCUCCUCUCUCGGCUUCUACUGUAGGUCCUUCUCCUGUAGGCCCUUCUCCUGUCGUUCCUCCUCCCUCAGGUCUUCCCACUUCGGAGCCUGGCCCUGGUUUCGUUACGGACUCGCAACCUCUUCAAUAUCAGCCGCCCGCAGCACCUCAAGUUGAACAUCGUCCGGUCAUGUACGAUCCCUCACAGCACAAUGGUAACGGGCAUCACUAUGCCCAUGCGCCGCCCAAUCACAAUUACUCUGCUCCCUCUAUGACUCCUGCGCAUUCUUCUUACGGGGUGUCACCAAUCGCUACCCAGAAUGCAUACUGGCCUGCAACUUUGUCCACCAAGAAGCGCACAGUUCGCGCUCAACAGGCCUGCAAGAAUUGUCGUCUUCGAAAACAAAAGUGUGAUGAAAAUCGACCCUGCUUGUUCUGUAAAGAACAGAAUAUCGAGUGUGAAUAUGCGGAGGUUCCCCCUCAAAAGGCCGACAAAUCAUUUCAACUAGUCAUGGAGAAGUUGAACGCUAUACAGGAGAAAGGUGAACAGAUUGAAGCAAGCUUGAACCGCAGAUUGACUCGUCUCGAAAACGGUCCGUGCGCAAAUGGCACUCAUUCUCAACCAGCACCCCCAAAUCAUCCACAACAGUAUCAACAUCAGGAUCAGCAACAACCCCAGCAACAACACCAGUACCGGCGAGAGCUAAAUGACUUCGAUGAGCAUAGAACCGCUGCUCAUUACCUCUUGAAAACAUGGCCAGCCAUGGCAAAGUAUUUCAAUUCCAUUGUGCCUCUCUUGGAGAAUUACCCCCUUAAGAUUGAAGAGGAUCGGGGUAGUCUACGGAUAUACGGUCGGGGUGAAGGUCUAACACAUAACGACCGGGCGCAGCAAGUUGGUAGUCCCGCGGGCAGCGAAGCCGACAGCGAAACUCUGUCGUUGUCUUCUACGUCAGACAGCGGCCAAGCUCCCUAUGGUUAUAAUGAUAAGGCGAAUCGCCUCGAUUUUACGCCAACCACGGUUAAUAGACUUCUCGCGAGUUAUCUGGAUCAUAUGCAUGUCUUGCAUCCUUUCCUCGAUAAAGCACGGCUAAAGAAACAGGUGGACGCAUUUAUAGACAGAAUGAACCCUCCAGCCAGUACAAAAUCUCCCCUACCCAUUCCUCAGCACCUUUCAGAUCAUCAUCGACCGACGAAAAGACAGAGAAUGGAUGUCGAUGAGGGCGAGCCCACCACCGUUCCGAUCUACGCACGACCUGCACAAAGCCAUGUUCGGCCUCCAAAGGCUGAAGGGACCAUAACGAAUGCAAUCAUCCUGCUUGUACUUGCAUUGGGCGCAGUUCUGCAUGAAGAUAGACCGCUCAGGGGUGCCCUCAACACUCGCAAGGAAAUUGCCGAGUCAAUCCACUCUCCUUCGACACGAAUGCGAUAUUCACCUGUAACCUCUACAGGUCUUCGGUCGCCCGUCGAAGACAAAGAUCCAGGCAGCCCAGCACGCUUAAAUAAGGAACUGAUGAAUCUAGACGUUAUUCCUGGUCUACACUACUAUGCGUAUGCGUCCGAUAUCCUUGGAAAUAUGCACGGUGGUAACGAACUUUACCAUGCUCAGGCGUUUCUACUAGCGAGCCUCUACAUGAAUCAACUCGGUCGUGGCCUAGAGAGCUAUAGUUGGAUUAAUUCAGCAGCCCGGGUCAUUAGGUUCAACCUUAAAAUGUACCUUACUUUCCAGCUAUAUGAAUCAAGCAGAACGCUAAUUCGCCGUAGAAACCACCUAUAUAUCAAGCCUGACCCUACGGACCCCGCUGAAUGGCGAGAUUAUAAUCGCCAGGAGCAUCCCGAUGAUCUACUGCCCAGUGAGGUGGCCAGGUUCAAAACCAAGAUGAAUCUCCUUAAGUUCGUAUAUUGGUCAGCAGUACAGCUUGAAAGUGAUAUCCUCGCAGAGUUACCGCUACCGAUAAGUCAUAUAACAACCUGGGAAGACAGAGUUGCUUAUCCGAAGGGCAUUGAUGGUAGUUUCCCAGAUCUCAACGAAGCGCAAGAUCAAGCAGUGUCUGGCGAAACGGGGCAAGUCAACGACCAGCGCGACAUUAUCAUAGUGUUGUAUUCAGCACAGAUUCAGUUGCGUAAGAUCCUCAAUCAGGUCCCAAUGCAUCUUUCCACCUUGUGGAAUCAGUCACCACACAACCUCCCAGCUGGCCUCUACGAACCUCCAUUUAGUAGAGCGGCGUCAACAGGCAUGCCUUCGUUUCUCAAUUGGCUGUAUAAUUGGCGAAACGCGAGUAAAGCGAUGGGCGUAGAUUGGGAUGAUUAUGACGAUCCUCCCACAGAUCUGAAUAUUGCCAGGCUACGAGGGAAAUACUACGGCGCAGAAACAGUCAUUACUCGACCAUACCUACACUACGUAUACCAUUGCCCAGAAGCCGACCAAGACGUACUUAAACGAGCAUGGACUUACAUUAGAUCCCGAAAAGAGAGCUUGACGGCUUCAAAGCUCCUUGAAGCAGAAUGGGGGGGCUCACUGGAAGCUCUUCUUGAUAGUGAUCCAACUCAUUCUCGGGAGGGUAUCAGCACCAAAGCCAUCAGGAGCAUGCUGCUUGCUCACGCUUGCAUGUGGUCCUCGAUCCGGAGUACGAAAGCUUUCGACGGUAUCCGAACACGUCUCAAGGUGACGAAUAUUUUUGGCACAAUUCAUGCUCAAUUUGGAAAUUGCUUGGUUCUUGCACAAUGCUGCGAGCCUGUAUGGUUUAAAGACCUCGAAGGGUUCACCCCAGUGCACGAAGUCCCCGAACUCCUUGAGAGGACGAUGCAAAAAUGCAAGACAUACUCGAACCUUGCACCGGCUCUUAACAAAGAUUAUGGGAUUCUUGGCCAAGCUUUAGAUAGCAUCAGAGGAUCGCGAAGAGCAUCCAGCACGUAUCAGAUGUACUCUCCAGGCGAUCCGACGGGCAACCCACCUUCACGACGCGCGUCAGGAGUUCGAUCUGUGCAUUCCUCAUUUGGCUAGGACGAUGGCUAUGAUUCGGUCAUACCUUGUCGACUUGUAUCAUUGUCAUAUUCGAUUACUUUACUUCAGAUCAGGC